AUAUAGUAGGAUUGAUACCUAAUACUAGUUAUACUAUUGGAGGGAGAGCAUAUACUAGUAUUGGACCAGGAGAAUGGACUCAUAGAGAAUAUACUACUGCUGAAAUACCUGUCAUUCAAACCUUCUCUAUAACAAAGUUCAAUUCUACAGUAGUGAGGGCUGAGUGGGGUUUUGUUUCUAGAGCUAGCCAUUAUACUGUCUAUUAUGAGUCAACCAGUAGCUCCUCAAGAAAGAAGAGACAAGUAGAGACAGGAAUGAGAGUAUUCCCAGGUGAUACUACUGAAGGUCUAAUAGGAGGAUUAGAUCCUAAUCUGAACUAUUUGUUCUCUAUAUCUGUAUCAUUUAAUGUUAAUGGAAUCAUUUAUGAAGGAAAGAGGACUCAAAAAAUACCACCAAAUCUCACUUUAACUCCUACUGCAGUAUCAAGGGCACCAACUGCGAUUCAAACAUCAGGUACUUCACCAGUCACUGUUACAGGAACAUCAACAACAGUGUUGAUUUCAUCAACAGUGUCUUUAUCAUCUGCUCAUGUUUGUGCUACUGUGACAACUACUGUUACUGUAUUAGAAAAUAAUGGAGGGAAUAUUGCUGGAUGGAUAGUUGUUGUGAUAGUAUCAGCAUCACUAGUGGCUGUAUCUAUAAUAGUUAUAUUAAUACUGGUUAUGUACAUAAAAAGAACUAAUAUUAAUCAAAAGAGAAAAUUAGAUAAUGAUAUUGUAAUGGAGUGCAGUCCAGCUUAUACUACAACUGAAUUUAAAACAAAUACUACUGAUGAUGUAUCAGUGAAGGAUAGUGCAACAUAUGAUAUAGUACAACAAACACAAUCAACUGUUGAGCCAGUGUAUGAUACAACUAUUGAUGAAUAUGAGACUUCUCUUCCACCACCUUCUACUGAAUAUGAAAUACCAUCUGUGACUGAUUUAUAACUUAAUCAUAUUUUUGCUAGUGUACAAACUAUCUGUAUACUCUUGGCUACGUCAGUGUAUACUACCUUAAAGCCACUUAUUUUUAAUAGACAAAUA